AUGUUCGCCAGGAAGAUAAAAGCAGUUUUUGAUAGAAACUUCAAGGCUUUGUUCGUUAUGCAAUCUUCACCUGGUGCUUUUGCUGGUGUUUUGGUUAUUUUUGUCGCGUCGUUUGAUAUUGAAAUUAAAAUUCCGAGAUUAACAAAAAAACAAACUAAUAGAUGCAAUAUACCAUUAAAUACUCCGGAACAAUAUUAUCGAGCAUCAAUUUUUAUUCCUUAUCUUGACAAAUGUAUUACAGAGUUAGAAGAAAAGUUCAAUGUUCAUCGAUCGAUUUUAUCAGGUUUCGAUUCUCUAUUUAGGGAAAAUGGUACCAUCGAAGAUAUUAUAAUUCUUUCAAAUAAAUAUAUUAAAGAUUUGCAGAAUGAUGGAUCUCAAAAUCAAAUUAUUGAAGCAGAACACAAAUUAUGGCAGAGAAAACUCAUACAAACAACAGAGAAACCAAAUAAUGCUCUAGAGGCUAUGGCUAUGUGUAACCAGUCAAUUUAUCCAAACAUAUUUAAACUACUUCAAAUCUUAGUCACGCUACCUGUUUCCUCUGCAACAAAUGAAAGAACAUUUUCAAAUUUAAAAAGAAUAAAAACGUAUCUAAGGAAUUCCAUGUCAGAGGGAAGAUUGAACGGUUUAGCGAUGUUAUCAAUAAAUAAAAACUACUCAAUAAAACCGGAAGAAGUUAUUGAAGAACUGGCGAGGAAAAAAAGGAAAAAAAAACUAUUAAUUUGUAUUAAUAAAUCAUAAUAGUAGUG